AUGGCAGAAGGUGUGCCUACGCGGGGACCAGGAACAGAUAUUAGCGCCUGCAAAGUGCGAAGUCGUAGGGUCCAAUAUAAUGGUGGUAAAGGAUAUCUUGCAUCAGCUACUCAUGCAGUAGCAGUAUCACGGAGUGACCAUGAAACCGUUUUACGAGAACGCAUGGCAAAUUUCUGGCUAGUUUGGAUAGCAACUUUGACUAAUACAAGUGUCGUCGAUUCUUCAUUCUAUGGCUUGUAUGGGAAGAUUGCCGGUACCUUGUGGGAGGGCGACGAUGAGUUAAAUUACCAGGUGAAUGCGUUCCUCUUUUCUCUUUCAAUAGCCGGUCUUAUGAUAGUUAUAGGGAUUAGCAGAGUCGCGUAUUGGGGCGUGGACAGGUCGGCAAAUGACGGGGACCACAUCGUAUCUAAGUACGGGGACAAUUCCAUCAAUCGGAGUAUUUGGAGCAGAUUAAGAACCAUAGCUGAACCAAAAUUGCAAACGUCUAGCAAGGCUCAGCGAAAUAAACUUCCUAUCGCUGGAUAUCGAGAGGAUAUUAUCGCAGCUCUGGAUCGAUCUCAGGUCCUGAGCCUCAACGUUACCGUGCGUGAUCAUCUUGUGAGGCUCGUCCAUCAGAAAGCCGCUUCCAACUCGACUGCUGGGGUCUUCCCUACAACGUAUAACACCGGAAAUGGGAGUGCUGUGGGAGGUCAAAUCUCAUCGAAUGUGAAACCUAGCCCGGCGCAAGGAUCUGUAUUCUCAUUACUGGCUCUCAAUUUGACUACACAACCCAUAGAAACGCCGACUAGUGGUGCCAGCAGUAGCUUGUCUAGUAGUCCGUCAACCGUUGGUAGCACAAUUAAUGUAGGAGCCAUCGUAGGCAGUGUGGUCGCGUCCGUGCCUGCGGUGACCUCAGCACAGGCAUUGACACUGCACUCGAAACGGAGGCCUCCAUCCUCCGAGCUGGAGCCGGAGCCAGAAGCAGCACCAGAGCCAGAGGCUGAUGUGCGUAGAGAGGUAGAAAGUUUGCGUAGGCAGGUGGAGGCGAUACGUGCGCAGAAGGCCUCCCCCCCGAGUACAUUUGGGGGAGGGGGAGGUGAUAGGAUCGAGGCUGGGUUCUAA